AUGUCACAAAGUCGUCGUCGAGCAAUGGAUAUGGACGCUCGAGCACCAGAGAAAGAGAGCGUGACGAUGCUUAUGUCAUGCGAAAAAGAAUUCCAGGCAAGCAACAAUACGUUCCUGUAUUGCUCAGAAGCCUGCCGCAUACAUGAUACCCAAUCCUCACAACCAUCCCCAUACUUCGCACCCUCCUCACCACCACCAUCGCCCUAUCCAAUGCCAUCCUCUUCAACCGAAGGCCCCGACAUAAUCCCCCGUUUCUCACCCACCCAAUCCCGACCACGCUCCUACUUCAACUCGGAUCCAUACCCCUCCUCAUCCUACCAAUCCCACCCAACCUACACGCCUUCACCCCCAUCCCAAGCCUCACAUACAUACAACCCCCCCUCUGCCCUCCACUCCCUCCGCAGUCUCGCAACCGCUCUCCCCCGCCACGAACCCGAAUCCCCACCCUCCUCCAUCUCCCGCACCUCGUCCGCAAUCUUCAACUACAUGCCCUUCACCACGUCGAAAACCACACAAACCGCAUACCAAACACCCGGGAACUCGUAUUCGGGGACCACAUAUACGGCUAGUCAGAGCUCGGGGAGGAGUAGAGAGGAUUUAUAUUCAUAUGGUCGUAGUUAUGGGACGUCGAAUGGUGUGGCGUAUGCGAAUGUAGGUGGGAUGGGAAUGGAUCGGCCGUUGCCGCCGAGAAAUCCGGGGCCGUAUGGUCAUAGACCGAGGAGUAUUGAUUUGGUUACACCGUAUGGUGGGGGGAGCUAG